CCAUGAUCCUGUCCACCCUACUCCUUCUACCGGCUCUAACGGCCGCCAUUGAUGAUCACUUAACUGUCCGCACAAGAACAGGCAAAUUCACAGGCCUUCUCAAUCCAGACUUUCCAUCCGUGCGGGAGUUCCGAUCUAUCCCAUACGCGCAACCCCCGGUAGCCUCACGACGAUGGCUUCCACCCGCGCCUCUCGCCGACUCCGAUGAAACUCACUACGCGACCAACUACCCUCCCUCCUGCGCCCAAUAUGUCUCCGGUAACCCCAGCGUCUUCGGCUCCAUCGUCCCCGAAUUCUACAUAUGGGACGGGAAUGAGAACUCCACCGCUGGCCUAAUGGCCCAAGCCAGCUCCGAAGACUGCCUGCAACUCGCCAUCUGGGCUCCUACCAACGCCACCAACCUCCCUGUCAUCGUCUUCUUCACCGGCGGAGCAUUCAAAACUGGCGGAAUCAACAUCCCCUACCAGCUGCCCCCAUCCUGGGUCUCUCGCACCCAAAGCCACAUCGUAGUAACCACCAACUACCGCGUCAACAUCAUGGGUUUCCCCAACGCCGCCGGCCUGGACAACCAAAACCUCGGAAUCCUUGACCAACGGGCCGCCCUGGAAUGGGUGCACGAAAACAUUCAUAACUUUGGCGGGGAUCCCGAGGCCAUUACCCUCUGGGGCCAAUCCGCCGGCUCCAUCUCCACAGACUUCCACACCUACGCAUGGCACGACGACCUCAUCGCGCGCGCCACAAUUUCCCAAUCCGGCACAGCCCUAAAGCCCCUCGACAACUACGACCACGACCACACGAACUUUACCUUCGUCGCCAAACACAUGGGCUGCGACUUCCCCACCAACCCGGCCGCUGAACUUGACUGCAUGCGCCAAGUCUCCGUCAACCGCAUCCAGAACUUCGUCGGACAGUACACCGACAAUGGCACAACACCAAAAUUAACAUUCACCCCCAUUGCAGACGAAAAGGUCGUCUUCUCAGACUACCCCGCUCGCGCUGCGAAGGGCCUCAUCGCCAACACUCCGGCCAUCAUGUCCAACUGCGCCAACGAGGCCGCAGCGCUAUACACGUUUCCCAUAAACAACGUCACCGCGGGACCAUGGCAGCCUGGUGUGAACGCCGCCACAUUGGAGGGCUGGCUCUGCGUGUCCGCGAACACAAGUAUCGUGCGGUAUAAUGCGAAUCGCACAACGUAUCGGUACCAGUUCGCUGGGAACUUCAGUAACGUGAGUCCGAUGCAUUGGUUGGGGGCGUACCAUUCCAGCGACCUGACGAUGAAUUUCGGGACGUAUCCGAUUGUCCGUGGAAAUGCAACGUUGCUGGAGAAGAAGACGAGCGAAACUAUGCAGGAUUACCUGUUGGCGUUUAUGAGGGAUCCGGAGAACGGGUUGGAGCGGAUGGGGUGGCCAGCUUUUGAGCCGUUCGGGGAGAAUGGUGGACUGAUCAAGCGAUUUGGGGCUGAUGGGCGGCCGGAGCAGAAUGUUACAGGGUUGGAGGUGCAGGGGGCUUGCUGGGGGAAGGAACAGUAUGAUCCGUUUCCAUAAGGAUGAAUAUGUUGUGGGGGUUAGAGGUAAUCCUUCUUUCUUAUUCUUUCUUUGGUCAAGCAAACUGCAGUAUACCGACGGCUAUGUACAUGUAAAGAGAAG